UCCCGCCUCUGCCCCCCUCCUCCCAGCCGGCUUCUCGCUGCAGUCACACGCCUACGCGCUCGCGACUCUCCUUUCUCCCCUCGCGCCCCCCCUUCGCUCCUCCCCGGCUGGGACGGCACCGACGGCAAGAUGGCUGCGGCGACGGUGGCCGGGAGGGCUCAGGGUCCGCGCACAGGCGGCUCGGGCUCCUCUGGGCGCCUGCCCGGGGUCCAGAAGCAGCUCUGAGGAGGGGCCGGCAGAGGAGGCGGCGGCGGCAGCGGGGGGAGCCCAGCAGCAAAGUGGCAUGCCAUGGCUAACUCCUCCGACAGUGACGAUGACAGCUUCAUGGCUGUGGACUCCGAGGAUGUGGCAGCGGAAGGGGGGAACAUGGAGCAGGAUGAGGAGCCUCGUGCGAGACCUCGAGCAGAAGAGGAGGAGACACAGCACCACCGGUCCAUGCAGGAGCUGCCAGAAGAGGUGCUGGAGUAUAUCUUGUCCUUCCUCUCACCAUAUCAGGAGCACAAAACUGCCGCCCUCGUUUGCAAACAAUGGUAUCGACUCAUCAAAGGUGUGGCUCACCAGUGCUAUCAUGGCUUCAUCAAGGCAGUCCAAGAAGGGAACAUUCAGUGGGAGAGCCGCACGUAUCCCUACCCAGGGACCCCCAUCACCCAACGGUUCUCGCACAGUGCGUGUUACUAUGAUGCCAACCAGUCCAUGUACGUCUUCGGAGGCUGCACACAGAGCAGUUGCAAUGCUGCUUUCAAUGACCUCUGGAGGCUUGACCUGAACAGCAAGGAGUGGAUCCGGCCGUUGGCAUCAGGCUCUUAUCCUUCACCAAAGGCAGGAGCCACUCUGGUGGUCUACAAGGACUUGCUGGUACUCUUUGGUGGCUGGACACGGCCCAGUCCAUAUCCCCUGCACCAGCCAGAAAGGUUCUUUGAUGAAAUACACACCUACUCACCCUCCAAGAAUUGGUGGAACUGUGUGGUGACAACCCAUGGCCCUCCUCCAAUGGCAGGCCAUUCCUCCUGUGUGAUCCAGGACAAAAUGAUUGUCUUUGGGGGCUCCCUUGGUUCGCGGCAAAUGAGCAAUGAUGUCUGGGUGCUAGAUCUCGAGCACUGGGCCUGGAGCAAGCCAAGCAUCUCUGGACCAAGCCCUCAUCCACGUGGAGGCCAGUCACAGAUUGUCAUAGACAAUGAAACCAUUCUGGUCCUCGGGGGCUGCGGGGGCCCAAAUGCGCUCUUCAAGGAUGCCUGGCUACUGCACAUGAAUCCCAGUUCUCCUUGGACGUGGCAGCCCCUGAAGGUGGAGAAUGAAGACCAGGGCGCCCCAGAGCUCUGGUGCCACCCGGCUUGCAGGGUGGGCCAGUGCGUGGUGGUCUUCAGCCAAGCCCCCAGUGGGCGAGCACCUCUCAGCCCCAGCUUGAACUCUCGCCCAUCGCCCAUCAGUGCCACGCCUCCUGCCCUUGUUCCUGAGACACGGGAAUACCGCUCCCAGUCCCCCGUUCGGACUGCAGAUGAGGCGCCCUGUGUGAAUGGCCGCUGGGGCACCCUCAGGCCUCGGGCACAGAGGCAGACACCCUCGGGGUCCCGAGAAGGGAGCCUUUCCCCGGCCCGAGAGGACACGUCUCCGGUGCUGAGCAGCAGCAGCGGGGGCUUAUCACCAGGUGCCACGGCUCUUGGCGGGGCCUCUCUGGACAGUCCACUCCAGGCCCUCUCUCCUGGCACGCCAACCACUGCUGAAGGCUACGACCUGAAGGUGGGCAUCUCCCUGGCCCCGCGGCGGGGCUCGCUCCCGGAUCAGAAGGACCUGCGGCUGGCAGCCGUGGACCUGGCCUGGGAGCCCAAGCCCCCACCCUUGCCCCUCCCUUGCCAGCCGGACGGGGUAGAAGGCAGGACCCUCAGCCUCAGGAACCCUGCUGAGCAGAUGAACGGCGUCCAUACUCCCCCCCGCAUGGCUGGCUCCCUGGUGGGUGCCGUCUCCCCCAGUGCCCUGCGGCGCAGCCUGGAGGCCGUGAAAGCCCUCUCUUCCAAAGCACCCCACGCUCUGGCGGUGCUCAGCCCUCCCGCGGGGUCCUUGCCAGGGUCCCCGGGCAGCCAGAGCAGCAGCAGCGCCAGCAACCCCCCUGAGCCUGUCACGGCACCCACCACGCCCCCUCGGCCCAGCUCUGCCCAAGGGGACGGACACACCUUGCCCCCCAUCGCUCGGCGGCUGGGCCAUCCCCCACCACAAUCGCUGAACGUGGGCAAGCCCUUGUAUCAGAGCAUGAACUGCAAGCCCAUGCAGAUGUAUGUGCUGGACGUGAAGGGCCUCAAGGAGCAUGGGCGGGUCCAGUGGAAGGUCUUUCGCAGCAGCUCCGUGGUGGGGCCACCCGAGACCAGCCUGCACACCGUGGUGCAAGGCCGGGGCGAGGUGAUCAUCUUCGGUGGCCUGAUGGACAAGAAGCAGAAUGUCAAAUACUAUCCCAAAACAAAUGCCUUGUACUUCGUGCGAGCCAAGAGAUAAUGUGGGCGCACUGGCGGCCCCUCCUCUGCCCCCCAUCCCAUCUGGCCUUUUGGCUUCCAUCGUACCUACCAGGCCUUUCUGUAGUUCUGUUAAGCCGGCUGUGAAUCUGGGGUUGCACCCACCAAUAAAAAGAUCUAAGCAAACGCC